AAUUAGUAUUAUUGAAAGGAUUAAGUUGAUCGUUUGUUCUCGAGUGGUGAUAUUCUCUUUCCACGGUGGCGAGCUCAAGUUCUUCAAGGAUGGAUGGGCCAGCAGUGCUAUCUCACCCACCUAUGGCAAACCAAAAAUCACCACAAUCACCUCAACCACAAACGAAUUCGAAACCAAAUCAGGUUGGUACGGUGUCGUUGUAUGGUAUCCACAUAGUAUCACUGGUGAUAGAAGGACAAGAGAGAUUGUGUCUAGCACAAAUCAGCAAUACGCUGUUGAAGCAAUUCAGUUAUAAUGAAAUCCACAAUCGUCGAGUUGCUUUAGGCAUUACUUGUGUUCAGUGUACACCAGUGCAAUUGGAAAUUCUUCGUCGAGCUGGUGCCAUGCCAGUUUCUUCCAGAAGGUGUGGAAUGAUUACUCGCAGGGAAGCUGAAAGACUCUGCAAAUCCUUCCUGGGAGACAAUGCACCACCAAGACUUCCAGAAGAUUUUGCAUUUUCCGUCCACCACGAGUGCGCCUGGGGUUGUCGAGGGGCAUUUUUGCCAGCACGUUACAACAGUUCUCGAGCAAAAUGCAUCAAGUGUGCAUACUGUGGACUCUUCUUCUCCCCAAACAAGUUCAUUUUCCAUUCGCACAGAAUUGGCCCCACUGACAAAUACGUUCAACCUGACGCUGCGAACUUUAAUUCCUGGCGGAGGCACAUGAAACUGUCGGGGAAUCCCCCGGAUGAGGUGGUCCACGCUUGGGAGGAUGUGAAGGCAAUGUUCAAUGGUGGUACCAGAAAACGAUUACUCUCUAGUUCCAGCACCAGAGGAUCACCAAGUCCGGCAAAACGGGCGAGAACUUCUUCGCCAACUUCGCAAAUUCCUACGCAGAUUCCGCCACCCCCUGCUCAUCCAAGAGUUCCACCCUUUCCUGAACUACCAUUGCCUUUACCAAGCAGUUUGGUUAUGGAUUAUGUUUGGCAUCAACAUCAACAGGCAGCUGCAGUAGCUGUUGCGAAGACACCUGGAUUCCGGUUUACACCUUAUCCACUUCCUUGGUUGUCGAAGAGAGGUCACGUAUUAUUUCCAGGAGCUUUGCCCCCUCCUAUUGGAACUGCAAGUUCACCAGAGCCCAUUUUACCAGCGGUCAAUAGUGCCAUCCACCAAUCAGCUUUUCGUCCUGUGAUUCGCGUACCCCCAAUUGUAGAGUCCUCUAAUCAAGAACCAACCGUCGAAAAUUCUUCUAACAAGGAUGAAAAUUCCGACGAUGAAGUUGAUAUCGAAACGACUGAAGACGACAUUCCUACUCCUUUAAACGUCAGCCUUCGAAACCUUCAUUCAACCUCCAAUUCCGGCAUCAGCAACCACAGUGGUAAUAGCAUUUCUCCUCAAUGCUGGAGUCCACCACGAGAUACGGAACGCGAGGCUGAAAAAGUCACCGAAGAAGUCACAACUACUCAUGAUGUGAAAACAGAAAUAACACCUGCCAGGAGUCCAGAAAGUUGGCACGGCAGUGCAUUUUAUCGACACCUGAAUAUUCUGAAAGGAAGUGAAGUACCAGAGAGAGGCACCCCAGAUUGCUCAGCAUGUCGUCCACGUGGAAUCUUCUACGGUCAAGUUUACAGUCCCUCGACCCCCACAAACUAACAUAUUAAUUAUCACCCACAAUGUCAUUUAAUAAAAAAUAUAGAAUUUUUUAUUUGAAUUACGAAAAUAUC